AAUAAGUGCAUAAAAAUCAAAAAUUUAUCAUAAAAUCCAUAAAAACUACUUUCGUCUCAAAAACCCCUCCACGAAAUUCUCCGCCACAAGCCAAAUUGUUAUAUUUCGAUUGUGAAAUCAAAAAAAAAAAAGUUUACAGAAAAUUUAAGCCUAAUUAAAUAAACAUUAAGUUAGCGCAGCCAAGAGUUUUGCCAACGAGAAUUUGUCGCCAAAAUACCGCCAAAAUUCAGCAAAAUAUAAAUAUGUUGCACGAAGCGCUCAUGCUUGAGAUCUACCGGCAGGCGCUCAACGCUGGCGCCUUGCCGACAGCACGUCCACGUUCCACAGAGUCGGCCAACUCAAGCGAGCGUUGUCCCUCACACGAUUCCAACUCCUCGGAGAAUGGUCGCGAUAGCCGUGAAAAUGCCAGCGUUGCCGCUGCCAAUGCUGCCGCGGCUGCAGCAGCUGCUGCCAGCGCCGGUAUGUUACCCUUGCCACCCUCCAUGACUGCUACAUUCCCAGCUGUACCUCAGAAUCUGCCCGCACAGCCACCAUCAAUGGAGGCAUAUCUGCAAAUGGUUGCGGCUGCCGCACAGCAAUAUGGCUUUCCAUUGGGUGCCGCUGCGGGUCAUCGUUUUCAGCUGCCAUUACCAGCAGAUGCGCCAGCACCAUUCAAGCUGCCACCACAGGCAUCACCCACCGCUUCGAGCAACAAUUCAGAGGCUUUAGACUUUCGCACAAAUCUCUUUGGACGUGCCGCCUCUGCGGAUCCGCCACCAUCCGAGGAAGACGACGAGGAUGAGGAAGCCAACGAUGCUAAUAAUCCACUUGAUCUAUCGGUAGGUACGCGUAAGCGUUCGGCAGAUGGUGAUCAUGAACCCGACUCCACUAUCGGACAGAUACAAGUUAAGAAAAUUUUUAAAACCGAUAGUCCACCAUUGGUUGCGCCACCACCGACGGUGCCCGCAGCACCGCUAUUGCCCGCAGUCAAUCCAUAUUUGGCAGCGGUUGCUGCGGCAAACAUCUUUCGCACCGGACAGUUUCCGGAUUGGAAUGGCAAGAAUGAUUUAGUCGUGGAUCCCUUGGAGAAAAUGUCUGAUAUUGUAAAGGGACCGCGUAAGGAGAAGUCUUCGCGUUCGUCAUCGAGCACACCCACAACACCGGUUGCUGCCGUGCCCCCACCUACAUCUGCCGCUUCCGUUAACACACAAAAUUCCACAACACUGACCGCCUCUACAGAGGGCAUGUCCAAGGCGCGACACAAUAUCUGGCAAUCGCAUUGGCAGAAUAAGGGUGUGGCCAGUUCGGUCUUCCGUUGCGUUUGGUGCAAGCAGAGUUUCUCCACGCUGGAAGCGCUCACCACGCACAUGAAAGACAGCAAACACUGUGGCGUCAAUGUGCCACCUUUCGGCAAUUUACCCAACACCGAUCGUCACCAUCAGCCACCGCCACCACAGGCGAACAGCGGUCAGCAACACUCGCACAACCUACGUAAGCCACCAAAUAGUGGCGGCGGCUCUCAAUCCAACUCGUCUUCCACACCCUCCGCAGCGGCCAAAAAUGCGUUCCAAUAUCGUGGCGAUCCGCCAACACCGCUGCCGCGUAAAUUGGUUCGCGGUCAGAAUGUAUGGCUGGGUAAGGGUGUGGAGCAGGCCAUGCAGAUCUUGAAAUGUAUGCGUUGUGGCGAAAGUUUCCGUUCGCUGGGCGAGAUGACCAAGCACAUGCAAGAGACACAGCAUUACACGAACAUUUUGUCACAAGAACAAACGAUCUCAAUGAAGUCCUCCGGUGGCGGCGGCGAUUCAAAGGAUGGUCACAACAGUUUGAGCUCGGAGGAAAGUCGCACACUCAGCGCUGUGCUGACUUGCAAAGUAUGCGAUAAAGCGUUUAAUUCAUUAGGAGAUCUCAGCAAUCACAUGGCCAAAAAUAACCAUUAUGCCGAACCGUUGAUGCAGUCCAUGGCCGGCAGCGCUGGCAGUCGCAAGCGUCCGGCACCAAAAAAGCGCGAGAAGUCGCUACCCGUGCGUAAGUUGCUCGAAAUGAAGGGCGCACAAAAUGACGCAACCGAAAGCAUGGAGGCCAAGAUGCAGCGUACCUACGAGAAUGCCAAACGCAUGCCACUCGAGGGCACCGGCAUCGGGCCUGGCAAUGACAAAUCGGAUGCUGCGCUAUUUGCCGAACGCAUGCGUCAAUAUAUAACGGGCGUAAAGGUGACCGACGAUGAGGCUGCUAAGGCUGGCUUGAAUGUAAGCGGUUUAUUGAAUAAAACUAAGUCACCGGAUUUGGAACCGAAAAAUGGCGCUACAAAGUCGGCAGCCGGCUCUUCGUCAGUGCUGAGCGCCAUUGAACAGAUGUUCACGACCAGUUUUGAUACGCCACCGCGUCAUGCCAGCUUACCAGCCACAAGUCCAUCAAAUUCAUCGACUAAGAACACCUCACCCGUUGCCUCGAGCAUACUUAAGCGACUGGGUAUCGACGAGACUGUAGACUACAAUAAGCCAUUAAUCGAUACAUCAGAUCCAUACUAUCAGCAUUACCGUUAUACGAGCAGCGAACGCAGCGGCAGUGAGUGCAGCGCCGAAACGCAUGUUGAGGCAAGAAAGAUGGAUGUGUCCACACCAGAGAAGCCACAAUCCAACGAAAUGCUGAGCUGCAUGGAACCAAAAUCAGCUGAAAUCAAACGUGAGCACGAGUCACACAAACCAAAGUCCGAGCAUGGUGACGUCAUGAUGGAACAAGCACCACAAAUCAAAAUGGAGAUUAAGUCUGAGAUUGAGGAGGAAGAGCGUGGCAAUGAAAGCCCACAAAAUGGCAACGCCAACGACUCAACUAUGCAACAUGUCGCCAAUGGCGCUGAUUUUUCAAUUACCAACAACAACAAUAACAAUAAUAACAACAAAGAGCGUAGUGUUACACCCACCAAAUCGGUAGGUGCUAUUAGUCCCGUAAUGAAUAAGGCGCUCGCACCGCGCAGCCCCACCGAUAGUCAUCGUUCCAUUACACCAAAAUCGCCAGCAUCCAGUAUUAAAUCGUACGAUGGUGAGAAGAAAUAUCCGAGCGAUUCGUUGAAUGCACUCUCCUCCAUGUUCGACUCGCUUGGCAGUUCUAGUAAUACCACAACACCGAAUAGUCGCUCGCAGGCAUCGGCAAUGGCAGCGUCGUUAAGCAAUAAAAUCGAUUCACCGGAAAAUCUCACCACCUCAAAUUCGCUUGCUGCUUUACGUCAAUUUUGCAUAAAAAAAGAGAAAACCGCUUAA